AGAUUUGGGUAUUUUUAAGGACAACCUCCACAAAGUCCAAAUCCUUUACUUGCGGCAAGAGACAAAAUACCUCUUCUCCUAAUCCCUCUCUCUCUCUCUCACCAACUCUUCUCGUCUAUGCCUUCUACGGCACCAACUGGAUCAUCUGUUGCAUCAUCUGAUCAAGACAAGGAUUAGACAAAACAAAAAGGAAAGCUUACCAUUUUUCUUUUGCUUUUAAUACACUUGUUUCCUUUCAUCUCUUUUUUCACUCCUGGAAUUGGGUUCCAACAAAGAUAUACAGAUGAACCCAUUAAGCCCCUCACCCAGGAGGUUGGAUUUCAAUGAGAAGCAGAACUCCAAAGGUGGAGAAGAGAAAAGGAUUAGUGGGAAUUUGUUUUCACAGUCUUCUGUCACCAGAGGUAACCAUGAUCAUGAUUGGAUACAAAAGUACUCUGUUGCAGACAAGGAUAAAGAUAUGGUAAUGGGUCUUGUGCUUUCUCAGGGAAGAACAUACCUCGACCUUAUGCAGAAUUGUGAUCUCCCUCCACCUGUUAAGGUCUUCGCUGGCGCUGAAAGACCUACUCUCACUACCACGAAAAUCAGUAAAAAAGAUGAAGAUGAUGUGUUCCCUAUGGGUCCAGGCUCCCUUCAAUAUGAUGAGAAGCUAGACCUGUUGAAAGCAUUGCAGCUAUCCCAGACAAGGGCCAGGGAAGCAGAAAAGAAAGCCACGCUCGUGAUCAAGGAGAGAGAGAGCCUAUCCAAUGCACUCCUGGAGGAGUCUCUGCGAUUAUUCGCUCAUCGACAAUGGGUGAGACUGCUGGAACUUGAAGUCCUCUUGCUGCAAUCACAAAAGAAAAAGUGUGAACAGCAACAAUUAUAUCAUGGACGCUACCAACCAGAGAAGAGGAGGAAAAUACAGAUCAAGAAAGAAGACGAUACCGGUGGCUGGACAUCAUGGUUCAUGGCUUUGGCACUGUGCUUGGGCUUUGCUGGUCUGGGCGUGAUAUUUGGCCGCAGAUAAAACCUUUUUUGGGUUCUUUUAUUGCUUACCUCUUCCAUUCAUAAAAUAUUUGUUCCCUCUUUAUUUUUGAAAAGAGUUCUUAUGAAUUAUGAUUGUGAGAGAGUGUUGAUGACAGGAAAAACUACAAAAUAGAAAAACAAUGUAACAACCAUAUAUGUUCUGACGUUUCCCAUGGUCUCAAGUAUAUUUCCAUUUCAACUA